AUGACACGACUUCGCUCAUCAUUCACAGCCCUUGAGGGUCUGAGCAACAUGUCUUUGCUUGAGAGAUUGCCCCCUGAAAUUCUCCAAGAAAUCGUGUCGUACCUCCACGAUGGCUAUGAGCCUCCUCGCUAUGGUGGAUACGAUCCUCCUCUAGGCCAACACGAGAUUGUAGGGAUCAAGCGCCGCACGUACCUAGCAUCUCUACGUGCCGUAAACCUUCUGUUCUACGAUGUCGUCACACCUAUUCUUUUUCAGCAUGCCAUCAUCUACUCCGGCAGUGUCGUAAGACGAUUGGGCGUAACCGCCGUGACAAGCAGCGGCGUUACGGGCACUGCUCGUCUUGUAAAACUGUCAAAGAAUCCUCAGCUUCGCGAAAUUGUACGCCGGCUGGAAAUUUGCUUGAAAAUCAAGGGUCCGAAUGAUUUCCAAGAAUACAAGAUCGAGGAGAGAGAUAAGGACUUGGAGUAUAUUGCACGAGUGGGCUCAGUGAUUCACAGCGCAUUGCCCAGAUUUACGAAUCUCAAGAUCUUGAAGCUUAACUUUGAGGAUAUUCCUUAUAACUACAGUCAGGACUUUGACGACCCAGGAAUGGGCAGUUGUUGUUGGGUUCAAGAUACUGAGAAUUUCUUUGAGUCCCUAGCAACAGCACUCUACAGAUCCGGGCUCAAGAAUCUGGAAGAGCUCGACCUCUCCUUACCUCUCGCCUAUGACUUUGGGCAUUUCCUCGAAGAUGACGAUGAAGGGGGACCUGCCUCUCCAAGGGCAUUCUUCAAACGGCUCAAGCGUCUAAGUGUACACUAUGGACAUUGUACUGAGGAAGACGAAGAUUUGGAAUUUCGGUAUAACCAAUCUAAUCAAAUGUUCGACAGAUACAUCCGAGAGUUGAUCCCACUCGCGACAAACCUGGAUACUCUCAAGGUGAAGGGCCCCGAUGUGCUGAUGCUGGACUCAUCAAGCCUGGAGCCCUUGACCUUGGAAGUACUAGACCUACAGAGCCUGUCCAUAACAGGGGAAACGCUAAUAGCCCUCUUUGAACGGUCUAAAGCACUACGAGAAGUUGUGCUCAUGGGAGUCUACCUCGAGUCCGGCACAUGGGUCGACAUCCUGACAGCACUGAGCAAAACAAGCCUUACGGAUUUCUACAUUGAAACAUGCGGCUAUCAAAAAGAAGGCGAUACUAUCCUUCGCGUCCCCGUCGAUCACAUGGACCAAGCCAACCAGGACGAUAGUUACCUCGAGACCAACCGCACCGAAGACCUAGACGCGUGUGAAUUGGUGUUUGCGCGAGUUGAUGAGAACAUGCGCAAGAUCCACGGGGAUAAGUACGAUCAAGCGGCGGCUGAGAAGAAGAGGGAGACUCUGCGUCAGGAUAUUAUUGAGAAAACGGGGUCUCUUGGGAAGUUUUGUACGUCGUUCUUUGCGGAGAUUGAGCAGGAGGAGGAUGGUGAUGAUGAUGAGGAAUGGAUGAUGAGGGUGAUGUGGGGAACAUAG